UCUUCAUGGCGUGGUAUUUGUGUUUAAAAUUCGUAUUUUUGGGUUUUGAUUGACGAUUUCUGCAAAUACACUUAUCCACUUGGUGGCGACAUUGCGCUGUUGAGAAGCCACAACGGAGAAAAGCAGCCGAAGAAGAAGAAACAGCGGGAAGUCUGGUAUUGUUUUUAAUUGUGAUGUUUAAAUUGAUUUUUCUUUUUUGUCUUUUGGCUUCAUUUUAAAAUGUCAAGUGCACCUGCUGAAAAAGUUGAGUCAGCGACUAAAGGACAACGUCGACGAAUUGUUUUGACUGCUAAAAAGCAAGACACAAGCUACAACUUUACCAAAGUAAAGAAGAAAACGGACAACAACGUAAAAUCUUGGACACACAAGUGACCAACUCAGGAAAAAUCUUGAUGUCCUGCUGAAAUUUUCCCUUCCUGUUUUUUUUUUUCACCAUGACUUUUCAGUCCGAUGGCGUUUUUUUUGCCAGGCGGCCAUUUUCUGCUCAACAAGAGACACGCUGAUUCUUUUAGCUGAUGAUAUUUUUCUACAUUUUUCUUGAUAUUUUUGAAUUUUUCGGGGUGUCAGCGAGUUUUUCCGGUCGCCGGCCAUGAUGUGGUCCACCUUUCUGGUGACGGACGAGGAGGGCCGCACGGUGGCCCCGGCCGCCGCCCCCACGGUGGGAGCGGCAGGGGGUGGCGGUGGGCCCCAGGCCAUGGGAGGCCUGGCAGGACUGAUGAGCGGCCGCAGCACCUUUGGCGGGAACAAGCGACGUAGGACCACCGCGCACGCCAUGACCGAAGCGCAGGAAGGAAAGAUCAAACUGGCGUUCUUCGUGGCCAUCGUGGGCGUCAUCCUGACCGUGCUCGGCGUUGGAACCGAGUUUUGGGUGGAACUGGCGCCGCCCAAAAGUUUCUACGGAAACCAGACAUGCCCGGCGAUGUACUACGGCCUGUGGAAGGGGUGUACCAAGACGCUGUGGGUGGCCGACAUCGACCCAGACCGGGAGAGCUGCGGGCCCGCCGAGCUGCACGGAGAGUCCAACUGCACGUUCUUCAAGUAUUUCACUACGGGCGAGAGCGCCGUUAUGUUCCAAAAGACCACACAUAAAAACCUGAGCAUGGCCUCGGCCUUGCUGUCGUUAAUGAGCCUGGCGCUGAUGGUGAUGGGCGCCAUUUGCAUCAGCAUGGCGCUCAGCAAGGAAAUGGUAUUUUUCCUCAAGCCCGCCUCUGUCUGCUUCAUCCUCUCAGGCGUUCUGGUCCUUUUGUGCCUGCUGCUCUUCCAGCAGUCGGUCCACUGGUUGCUAGCCAGCGACCACUCGGUGCCUCUGCACCACAACUUCUCCUGGUCGCUGUCGUGCGUGGGCUGCGCCGGCGCUAUCUUGAUCGUGGGCGGCAUCCUCUUCCUGCUCCUGGCGCUGCCCCAGAGCACCUGGCAGAGGUGCCGCCACGGCGCCAGCUAGUGAAAACCGUAUCCUUGACGUCCAGCUCGAGGUCCGUGUACUCGAACACUCUUUGUCCUCGCUAGUAGGACAUUUUUGCUCUACUAGAUGUUUAACUCGUGAGCGGUGCUGCGGUGUACCCCGAAUUUUAAAAGUUAUUCUCUGACAUUGACGACGCUAGACGUCCAAUCCAUGUGAACUAGGCUCACCAGUUCAUCUGCCACAUCCAAUAUGGCGGACUAAGUAGAAUUUCGCCUCAUAUAUAUCGCAUAUAACCGAACUACAUCAGUGUCAUUUGACUUCCUGUUAAUGUUGCGCCUUUUUCUGGUUGCUUCCCGCUAAUUAUUUCUGGAUCAUUUCCUGUGUAUAUCACAUUUACCGUAAAUUUCGGACUAUAAGGCGCACCUGAGUAUAAGCCGCCACCCAGCAAAUUUGACAUGAAAACGGCAUUUGUUCAUAGAUAAGCCGCACUGGACUAUAACCUUCAGCUGUCCUCACUGUAUUAUGGGAUAUUUACGCCAAAAGAUAACCGGUAACACUUUAUUUGACAGCAGCAUCAUAAGACUGUCAUAAGACCAAAUGAGCCACAAUGAAGCUUUGCAGCCAAUUGGUUCAGUCUUCCUUAAAUGCUUCAAGAAGCUUCAUUUGGCCAUCACUGCUCCCUGUGAGGAGACAGUCAACCUGCGGUAAACACUUGUCGUCCAACAUGCCUCCUAGCAUGCAUUGCACCGAUACAGAUUUAAAUAACAAUUAAAACUCAUGUUCUGUGCUAAUUAUUUCUUCAGUUACUGUUCCAGUUAGGGUUGUUCUGAUCAUGUUUUUUUGCUCCCGAUUAGUUUGAGUAUCUGCCGAUCCCGAUAUUUCCCGAUCCGAUUGCUUUUUUUUUUUUUGCUCCCGAUUCAAUUCCAAUCAUUCCCGAUCAUUUUUCCCGAUCAUAUACAUUUUGGCAAUGCAUUAAGAAAAAAAUGAAUAAAACUCGGACGAAUAUAUACAUUCAACAUACAGUACAUAAGUACCAUAUUUGUUUAUUAUGACAAUAAAUCCUCAAGAUGGCAUUUACAUUAUUUACAUUCUUUCUGUGAGAGGGAUCCACAGAUAGAAAGACUUGUAAUUAUUAAAGGAUAAAUGUGACUUUGUAUAUUGUGACUAAAUAUUGCCAUCUAGUGUAUUUGUUGAGCUUUCAGUAAAUGAUACUGCAGCCAUGCCCAAAUGCAUGAUGGGAAAUGGAACCAUGACUGUGCGUAGUGGUACCAAUUAAUAUAUCUUCUCUGUGUUGGGAAAUAACAUAGGGUGUUAAGAAAAAGAUCAAUUACUACCUUUCUUCCCCACAUUGCCUCCCACGAUAUUUCUAAUCGUAGGGAGAGGGAUUGCAAGGCUUUAGCUAAUUAAAAAAAAGCUCCAAAGACUGCCAAAAUUCACUCUACUCAUGCUACGCUGCCUUUUAGCUCUAUAUACCUGUAUAGGUAAAACGGCGCCAUUACAGUUUAAACACGACAAUGCAUGAAUGGGUCGUGCAGCGCAUGCGUUAAUUGCCUUAAAUAUUUUAACGUGAUAAUUUUUUUUUUUUUUUUAUUAAUUACCGCCGUUAUCGGGAUAAAUUUGAUAACCCUACCUUAAGCCUAAACUAAAGACUCUGGAUGAGUGUAACAUAUAAUGUCUGUAACGUUAAAUACAAUUAGAAAACGAUUUAAUUAAAAAAUAUAUAUAUAUACUAAAAAAAAGGCAUGCCCGAUAUACUAUACUUUGUAAAUGACGUGAUCGGACCUGAUCGAUCGGCAUCUGCUAUGGUACUAUCUAGUAACACUUUAUUUGACAGUGGCGCCAUAAGACCGUCAUUAGAACAUCAUAAUUAUGACAUGACACUGUUAUGAGCAAUAAUGAAUGCUUAUGACAGAUGUAAUUUUGUGUCAUCCGGCAAAUAAUCUCAAUUUGAAGGGAUGUAAAAAAUCUGAGCUAGACAUAAAUGGAGUUAGUGACAUAAUUUGCUAGAUCAAACUUGGUGACAUUGGUCAUAAACAUUCAUUAAUGUCCAUGAUGGUGUCAUGGGCUGCCCCACCCCUCACCCUCCCCGGGCUGGCUGGGUGGGGAACGUGGCCAUAGGUUGGCGCCUGCGCGGCGUCUCCGCUCGUCUGCGUGGCUGUCGCGUGUUUGGUGGGGCUCACGUGCGGGUGGAUGUGAUUGGGCGCGCUCAUGUGGGGGGGUCUCGGUGCCGGGAUUGGCGGUGGGGCGGUGUAGGGUCGGUUACCGAUAGGCUUACACUCACAAGGGAUUCACACGAUUACUUCUACUAUUUCUUGUUGUUUUCUUUCCUUUCUUUUCUUCUGUUCCCCUUAUAACCCCUUCCUGUUCGCUGCUUUGUCAUAAUAAACGAGCUAUGUCGAAUGAUCACAAUGGGAGUAUGUCAUACUCUCAAUGUGAAACAUUAAAACUGUUCAGACCAACCGGACACUUAGCUGAACCGGACAGGUUAAAAAAAAAGUAGCGGUUUAUAGUCCGAAAAUUACGGUAUAUAGAUUUAGAUCGGCGCUAAUGGGGACAUGCAUUGGCACUUGUCGGCCAUUUUGUGUCAGGGUUGUUUUCUAAACAUGGAGCGUCUACUUUGAAAUAGCUUGAAAAUGAUCAAUUUUCAAACGGCUUCAUUUUGCUUAAGCGCCACAGAUGUAGUAAAUUAAUAGCUAAGUUAAAGCGGUUUGAAAAUCGACACAUUUCAAGUUGAGAAAAUUACUAUGCUUACAUUCACUGCUUGAAAAUGACCGCCUGUUUACAUUUUUCAAAUGUAGUUCAAUAUAUGCGAUAUCUAUGUUUCGCCCCUUGACAUCCCACAAUGAAGUCUUAAAACUCAAAUUUCGCAUGACUGUCAAUCAUCUGUAAUGUGUCACGUGUUCAUUCUUUUUCUGAACGUCAUGUACAACAGAGGAAAGCAUUUUGUCGUGUUUCAUAAUGUUCACUUUAUUAAUAAAUGCAAGAGAAAGUUUCCGUUGUUGUAGCUGAGCUACUAAAUGCUGCUCGGUGCUGCCUCCUGCAGGCUCAGAGUGCGAAUGCCAUACAAAUGGUUUUCAUAAAUAACUUUAUUGAAUAUCUACCGUGUACGUUUAUGGAUUUUGUUCCUUCUAUAGUUUCAUUUUCAAAUGAAUCUGAUAAAUACUUUAAAAUUGUUGUGUCCACAACACUAACACACAUUAAGAAUAUAUAUAUUUGUCUAUAUUUAUA